ACACUUCCAUGGGCCCGACCUGAUUCCAAAUCUCAGGUUACCGUGGAGUAUCGAAAGGAGAACGGGGCUUGCAUCCCGCUACGUGUUCAUACUGUAGUUGUUUCCAUACAACAUGAUCAAUAUGUUAGCUUGGAGCGUCUGCGUAGUGAAGUUAUGGAGCACGUUAUUCGUCAAAUCAUUCCCUCUGCUUUGCUUGACAAGGACACAAUCUAUCACAUCAAUCCUUCUGGGCGUUUUGUUAUUGGUGGCCCACAGUCAGAUGCUGGAUUGACCGGAAGAAAAAUAAUUGUUGACACCUAUGGUGGUUGGGGCGCUCACGGAGGAGGAGCAUUCUCAGGUAAGGACUGCUCAAAAGUCGACCGAUCUGCCGCCUACGCCGCUCGAUGGGUUGCUAAGUCACUUGUCAAGGCCGGUCUUUGUCGACGCGUCUUGGUUCAGCUCUCCUAUGCUAUAGGUAUUGCUGAACCACUUGCUGUUUAUGUCGACAGUUACGGAACUGGCAAGGUGCCUGAACACGAAUUGCUUCGAAUUGUUAAUGAAAACUUUGACCUCCGACCUGGUGCUAUAAUCAAGGAGUUGGGUUUGCAGUCACCAAUCUUCCAAAAAACCGCUGCAUACGGGCAUUUCGGGCGUAAGGAGUUUUCGUGGGAGAAACCCAAGGUUCUACGCAUCUACCCUCGUGAUGAGUUAGAUAAUUAA